AACAUGGCGCGUCUGACGGAUCCGGGUUAGCUUGAUGCUAGCUCCUGUUGUGUGAGCUGUCAGCCACGUCACCUCCUCUGGAAACACUUUCCUCUGAGGCUCCUGCUCACACUCAGCUGAGAAACCUCCACACUUUUACUUUUACUCACUUUUGCAUCCAGAGAGUCGAGGUCAGCGCUGCUGGACCAACCGGAAGUCUUGUUAGCCUGUUAGCUAGUCUUGUUUUUGAGGCUAACUAACUCUGCCCUGUCUCCCGGGGACGUGUCAGGCCUGUUGUUGUUGUUGUUGUUGUUGUUGUAUCCAGACUCUCGUUGUUGUUGUUGUUGUUGAAGCACAACGUUAACAACAUGAACAUCUUUCGUCUGGCGGGUGACACAUCACAUCUGGCGGCCAUCAUCAUCCUGCUCCUGAAGAUAUGGAGGUCCAGGUCCUGUGCAGGCAUCUCUGGGAAGUCUCAGGUGCUGUUUGCGCUUGUCUUCACCACCAGGUACCUCGACUUAUUCACCGUCUUCAUUUCUCCUUACAACACGGUCAUGAAGGUGGUGUUCCUGUCGAUGUCCUAUGCUACCGUGUACCUGAUCUACAUGCGCUUCAGGAACACAUUCGACUCGGAAAAUGACACGUUCCGCAUAGAGUUCCUGUUGGUGCCCGUCAUCGGACUGUCCUUCUUGGAGAACUACGCCUUCACCCCGAUGGAGAUCCUCUGGACCUUCUCCAUCUUCCUGGAGGCGGUGGCCAUAAUGCCCCAGCUCUUCAUGAUCACCAAAACUGGCGAGGCGGAGUCCAUCACCACACACUAUCUGUUCUUCCUGGGCCUCUAUCGAGCCCUCUACAUAGCCAACUGGGUGUGGCGUUACCACACGGAGGGCUUCUUUGACCAGAUCGCAGUGGUGUCUGGCGUCGUGCAGACCAUCUUCUUCUGCGAUUUCUUCUACCUCUACGUCACAAGGGUACUUCGAGGAAGAGGGAAGAUGAGCCUGCCGAUGCCCAUUUAAAACAAAUACUAUUGGCGAACCACCCAUCUGUGCCUGCGACCGCUCCGCAUUUCAACACAGACCCGGCCCUUCAACUGUACACGUGUUUAUUAUAAGGGAGCUAAAGGUCUGCUUUCAUUCUCUAGACCAAAACAAGUGCAACUCUUGAAAUUAAAUUUCUGUCUGACUGGUAGUUUGAGUCUAUGUGUUUGCGAAUGUGAGCUUGCGAGUGCGUGUUUGUGCAUAACUGUAUUUUUGUUUGUUUUUAUAAGAUGCAAAUGAGACACUUGAAAUGUGUCCCUGAAACGAGUAACACUAUGGAAACUGUGUGUUUGUCUUUAGUUUCCCAUCAGCAGAGAGAUAAUCCACAAAGAAAUGUGCCUGAAAGUUGCUGUUGCCUUUUUGUACAGCUCUCCGAUUCAGAUUGUGUGCAGCUUUAGUUUCCACACAGUGUAGCUACAGAUCCAGUGCUUCCUGUUAUUGUAGCUGUUAGAGAACCCACAUAUUUCUAGUCACCUCUGGUCUUUCCUGAUGAUACAGUAAUUACAAAUAUUAUCAUAUUUGUGAAUGUGUAAUAUUCAACAAAGUGUCUUCCUCUUUGAUUCUGGUGAUGACACACUCUAAACCUACCAUGAUGUUUUUAUUUCCUUAUUGCCAAUCAUGUUAACUUUGAAUAUUUCCUCUUUGUCAUCGUCGUCUUUUUGUAAGAAACAUGUCCAAUAUAUUCAUGGGAGAAAAAAGUAAGGCUAAAUUCUUUUGUAAUUUUUCCUAAAUGGAACCAAAGAUGGAACAAACAGCUGCUGAAACGCUUGAGGAAAACAAAUGUUGUGGUCCUCCCCCCCGGGUCAGUUCUUUAACUGUCUUGUGUUGAGGGUAAACAUGGCAUCAAAGCGUUUUUUAAUUUCUGUAAAAUGUCUGUAAAACAUGUUACUGACAGAGAGGUGAAUUGCACACGAUUAUGGUAUAUGCAUUGACAUUUCUUUUAUUAUAACAUAUGACUUCAGUCAA